GCGAAAAUAUUACAAUUCGAUAUUUAGAACGGUAAUCAAGGGGAAGCUACUGUGUUUAUACGAUAAAAUCUACUUCCUGAAAUUGUUUAUUCGAUAAAUUAUUUCGAAACUCGAUUUCGAAAUACAGUUUGCAAUUGCUACAGAAAAGAUAUAUACAUAAAUAUACAGAAUGAGUUAUCCCUACGGUGGAGGCGGAGGUUAUCCAGGUCAAGGUCAGCCGGGAUACCCGAAUCAGGGCUAUCCCCAACCUGGUGGUGGUUACCCCCAGCAAGGUUAUGGUGCACCACAACCUGGGGUUGGCAUGCCGACACCUGAGUCAGCGUCUGCUGCUGCCUAUGGUUCCCAGCCUGGUGGUAUGCCAUAUGGCACAGCGCCACCUGGUGGACAACCUGGUGGCAUAGGAUUUGGGAUGCCAGCUGGACCUCCACAGCCAGGAUAUCCACAACCCCCUGGUGUUGCUAUGCCAGCAGGCCCUGGAGCAGGGCAACCAACAUACCAGCAAAACGUGGGUUAUGGACAAAAUCCUGCCUACAACACACCAGCCCCUCAGCCAGGGUACAACCCAGCAGGAGGUCAGGGUUAUCCAGCACCAGGUGGUGGUGCACCAGGCUACCCACAGGGAGGUGGUGCACCGGGCUACCCACAGGGAGGUGGUGCCCCUGGUUACCCACAAGCAGGAGGCGCUCCAGGAUAUCCCCAGGCUGGUGGUGCACCGGGGUACCAGCAAGCUGGUGCACCAGGUUACCCAGGACAAGCACCAGGCCAGGCACCAGGCCAGGCUCCAUCUGCUGGGUAUGGGGGUUAUGGACAAGGCCAGUCAGGAGCUCCGGCAUCAGCACCAGGAGGUAUGCAUUAUGCUGGAAAUGUUGCUCAAGGACAUAACGUAACAGCCCUAGGCCAGGGAGGGGCAAACACUGGCUAUAGAGUUAGGGAAGAUGGCACCUUGAGACCAGCAGCUAAUUUCAAUGCUGAAAAUGAUGCAAAGAUUCUAAGAAAAGCUAUGAAAGGUUUUGGCACUGAUGAGAAGGCCAUCAUUGACAUAUUGGCUUAUAGAACAAAUAGUCAGAGACAGGAUAUUAAAAAAAUGUUUAAAACUUGCUUUGGAAAGGAUUUGAUUCAAGAAUUAAAGAGUGAGUUAGGUGGAAAGUUUGAGGAUGUUAUAAUUGGUUUAAUGAUGACACCUGAAGAAUUUGAUGCCUAUGAACUCAAGAGAGCAAUGAGGGGUAUUGGUACAGAUGAAGAUGCUAUGAUUGAGAUUUUGUGUUCUAGAAGUAAUGCACAAAUACAGAGAAUCAAUGAAGCAUACCAAAGAAUGUACAGGCAGAAAUUAGAAAAAGACAUUAUUAGUGAUACAUCAGGUCAUUUCAAACGACUCAUGGUCUCCAUGGCAAAUGGUGGAAGAAUGGAGAACCAGGCUGUAGACAUGAACAAAGCUAAUUCUGAUGCUCAAGCCCUAUAUCAAGCUGGAGAGAAGAGAUGGGGUACGGACGAGUCACAGUUUAAUAUAAUUAUGGCGUCCCAAAGUUACGAGCAGCUGAGGGCUGUAUUUGAUGCAUACUCAAGAAUCUCCGGCCGAGACAUAGAAAAGGUUAUAAAGAGUGAAAUGUCUGGUAACCUGGAAAUUGGAAUGCUGGCUAUUAUUAAAUGUGUCCGAAACAAGCCAGGAUACUUUGCAGAAAAAUUAUACAGAUCCAUGAAGGGUGCUGGUACAGAUGAUAGAACAUUGAUUCGAGUCAUGGUAACAAGGGCGGAGGUUGAUAUGGUACAGAUCAAACAAGAGUUCCAGAAGAUGUAUGGUCAAAGUUUGGAACAAUUUGUUAGGGACGAUAUUUCUGGCGAUUACCGUCGUGUAAUACUUGGAAUGAUUGGCGCAGGCUACUAGAACCACUACUUGAUGGAGAUACAUCUGGAGAUUACAAGAGGUGUUUACUUGCUCUGCUAGGAGGAGGGUACUGACCGCCUUCACCACCUUAACUCUGCCUACUUUCCCACAUUAUGACUAGUAUAUUAAUAUGUUACUAGAUGUUUAUUUUCAUUUAAAGUCAUAUUUAUUUUUAAUCCCUUUUGUUGCCAUAUUUCCAUAGAUUCCAACUUUGUUUUAUUAGUGCUAUAAUAAUAUAAGAACGAUUCAAGAAAAUUGAUGACAACAAAGAAGCAAGACAACAAAUAAUUCUGGAUUCUUUCACCUGGAUUACUUAAUAUGAAAAUCAUGUAUUAGAUUUAUAUGUACCAAGUAAGAAUGAUUUGCUACGCAGAUUUAUUUGUGACAGACUGACAGAAUAAUUUAACUUUAAUGUUUUUGAAGUCUUAGAAAUAAUCGAUUAGUAAUAAUUUACUGUUCAGUUCUGUGAAUUAUGGGCUUUCUUUAACUUGCUGGAACCAAAAGUGAUAUCCCUUGUCACCAGUAUAGAGCCAGGCUAGCCUGAACAUAUGUGCAGUCUGACACCAGGCUUUAUACUGUUGACCGAUCAACUUUGAUCUUGAUAUCCCCAGAAUUGAAAAUGGACAGUUCAAAAUAUUUCAGUUGGAGAAAUCCAUUUUAAAAAUACAGCAGGUCACAGGUUUAAAUUACAGUAAUGGUAAUAACAGUUUUGUAAAUGUAUUAGUAAUUAACUUGCUUUUAAAUCAGGUUUAUUCCAUUCAUUUAGAGGGAUAAAUCAUACGACUAGACUUGAAUUUGAAUUGUUUGAUUUAUACAGCAACAUUAGAGAUGCAUGACACAUUAUCUUAUCCACUUUUACAUAUUGUUAAAAUAUCUAUGUAUACAAACUUAAUACUUAUAAGGUAUCAAUUAAGAUUUUUCUCGAAAUGCCAUUUAGGUAUCUAAGUAAUUUGAAUAUGUUAAUAUACUAUACUAAGAUUUGAUUAUGGACUCUUUUUUGCAUAAUAUAAUGAUAUUUGAAUCUGAAAUUUCCAUAUAUACUCAUUUUAUUAAAGAAAUAUAUGUUAGAACUAAAUGUAUAGUAAUUAUACACUUUUACUCCGAUCUUUUAAAAUUACUUCUCUGCUGUUUUUUUUAGUUCAUUAAACUGGUUUUAUGAAGACAUUUUUCAUGUUUGCAAUAAUUGUGUGUUAGUAUUUUUUAUGUGUAUAGAUGAGAAUAAAAUGAGAUAAAGUGAAAUAUAAUUAAAUUAAAUUAAAAUAUUAACCUUUGAAACGCAUGUGGUUUGUUUCUGGAGGCAUUACUUAUUCCCUGACAUAUCUUACUUUUGAUAUUAUUUCCAUUCUUUUAUACAUAUAGUAUAUAAAUAUAUAUUUUCUUGCAUAUCAGACAGGAUUAUCUACCAUUUACACAGAUGCUAGAAAAACUUUUCUUACACCCCAGCAUGUAAGACAAGUCACUUGUUUUAAAAGAUGUCAUUCCCAUGUGACUUGCAAAUAAGUAUUAUAUACUUUGUCUAUGAUUGUUAAAGCACUAUUUGGCUGCAAAUGUAUUUUUUUCUAAGCACUGGAGAUGUUAAUAUUAGGUGAUUUGUGACAUUGAAAACUGAAUAACCCUCUUAAUAAAUCAUUAUAUUAUAAAUACAAUAUUGUAAUAUAGAAAUUCAACAUUUAAUGUAGAGUUACCCCUUUAUAAAAAAAUUUCAUUAAAAAUUUGGGGCCAAAGAUUGUAAGUCUUCAGAAAGAUUCAAAUAAAAUUUACAUUAAUUAUCCCUCGUGAAAAUAUAUUUUUCUGUUCAUAUAUUAAGAUGUACUAGAAGUAUAUACUUGUAAAGAUUUACCAUCGAAAAGACACAAAACAAGAAAUGUAUCUGUUGCUUUAUACUUG